GCUUUUCUCAGCCAUUGGUCAGCUUGCGCGCGUGGAGGAGAAACCUGCUACCGACUGAGAGAAUCCAGUUUGAAAUUCACUCGUUAUUUUCACCGUUUUUCUUACAAACGCGAAAGAACAGACGAUGGCCUCCAAGUGCCCUAAAUGCGAGAAGACUGUGUAUUUUGCUGAAAAAGUGACGUCACUGGGUAAGGAUUGGCACAAGUUCUGUCUGAAGUGUGACCGUUGCAGUAAAACUCUGACAGCAGGCAGCCAUGCUGAGCAUGAUGGGAAACCGUACUGCCACAAGCCAUGUUAUGCUGCCCUCUUUGGGCCAAAAGGUGUGAACAUUGGAGGUGCAGGCUCUUAUGUUUAUGAAGCUCCCACUAGCACUACACCACCCGCAUCCACUGUGGACUCGGCACCCAAACCUCAAGAAAAGGGGGUCCCAGCACCAUCCAGGCAACCAUCUAAAGCUGGUAGCGUCACCACCUUUUCUGGAGAAGCCAAUCUGUGUCCCAGAUGCAACAAGAAAGUCUAUUUUGCUGAGAAGGUGACAUCACUGGGGAAAGACUGGCAUCGGCCGUGUCUGCGCUGUGAGAGAUGCAGUAAGACACUGGCAGCAGGCAGCCACGCAGAGCAUGACGGUCAUCCCUACUGCCACAAACCAUGUUACGCUGUCCUAUUUGGUCCUAAAGGUGUAAACACUGGUGGUGUUGGCAGCUACAUAUAUGACAAGGAGGUCAACGCUGAGGCACAGCCUUGAUUUUUAGCCCUUCCGAAUCCUCAACAUCACUAUUAUCCACUUUCAACCUAACUCACUUUCACAUAUUUCCCACAUCUCGUCUUUUUCACGAAAAAUGUGCCAGCCCGGAUCUUCCUGCAGAAAAGUGAUGCCACAUACCGAAACCAUGCCCUUUUUCCUGAUCUCCAAAUGUACCCCUAAAGACAUAUUGACUGACAUGAUGUACAGUAUACAAUGUGAUCAAGUCUAAUUUAACCCACGUCUUUUUUUUAUAAUUUAUGUAAAUGUUUGUCUUUAUUUAUGUAUAAUCAGUGUUUCCCUAAAUUUAAACAAAGUUGUAGGAAUUCAGGAUCCAUUCUGACAAUACUGUAUGAACAGUAGAACAUACGUCCCUGUUCACACAUAAAACAACAGAAGAUCAAAAGGAGCUUUGUUUUCGGUUUGAAUUGUUUGCCGACAGGGAGAUUAAUGUCACCUCAGAGACUCAGUGCAGGUGAGGUUCAGGAGCACAUCACCAUAAAUCUCAACAAAAAUUCUCAAAUCCAGAUUUACUUUUUGGCCAUAUGGCAACAUUCCUAUGCUAAAACAUUUUUUAUAGAGAUGGUCUGAAAGAUGUAUUGGAGACAGUAAAGUAAAAGGCCAGGCUCUUAUUAUUGUUCAGUAGAGGACAAGCUUCUUCAUGAGGUAGUUAGCUAAAUCUUGCAGGGAUUGAUGGGUAUGGGAGUGUAUGUGAUUGAUGUUUGGUGACUAAGUGGCUGCAGCUAAUAUUUAUGAUGCCAGUCUAGUACCACAACUUAACGCAUGGAAUCAGAUUAAGGAGAAAAGCAUAUUAACAUGCUCUUGUAUUGUUUUGUAUUCUUUUAGAUGAACCCCAGUUUCUCAGUGGUGAAACUGAAGUAUUAUAUUUCCCAGUAGGACUUCAGCUUGUAUUAAGUUCAACCACAUUCUUACUGAAUGGGUUUUUGUAUUCUAUGACUGUUUUUGCUGUUAUACUAAUUUCUUUGCUGUAUCAGGCUUUUGGUCUUUUGAAAACUAUCUUUUGAAAAGAGAGCCUGAAUUUGAGUCCCGCUGCUUCUGUCUGUGUAAUCUCACAUUAAAGUUUGGAAGAUUUGGA